AUGGUGUGUCGACGUCAAAGUCGUAAGUAUCAUCUGAGCUUUGGUCGCUCAGCUAUCAUACAUGAUUACGUUAAUGAAAGUUCACUUAAGCCGCUGACAUUGAUUACUGAUGACUCACUCUCCGUGCACGCUUCUUUUCAACUUUACAAAAUGGCGGACUUUUAUCUUCGCUACUACGUCGGACACAAAGGAAAAUUUGGCCACGAGUUUUUAGAAUUCGAAUUCCGACCUGAAGGAAAACUUCGAUAUGCAAACAACUCGAACUACAAGAAUGAUGUGAUGAUUCGCAAAGAGGCAUUUGUACACAAGGCUGUUAUGGAUGAACUUAAAAGGAUAAUCGAAGACAGUGAGAUACUGAAAGAAGAUGACACCCUUUGGCCCCAGCCAGACCGAGUUGGUAGACAGGAACUUGAAAUAGUCAUGGAUAAUCAGCAUAUUUCAUUCACAACUUCGAAGAUUGGAUCUCUUGUGGAUGUCAACCAGUGCAAAGACCCUGAUGGCGUAAGAAGUUUUUAUUACUUGGUUCAAGACCUCAAGUGUAUGGUGUUUUCUCUAAUUGGUCUUCACUUCAAGAUCAAACCAAUCUAAAUGUUUUCUCAAAUUGUGUUAUCCACAACUUCACAGCCAUAUCUUUGUUUCUUAAUUUGAUCUUUCUUUGUUACAUACUGUCAACUUGACAGUUUAAUUGUUGAUCAGAAUCUUGUGUAGAUUUUGAAGCUUGCUCCUCUUUUCUAUGUUGUUAUUUUCUAAAGGUACAUCAAAUGAAUCUACUUUUAGAGUCAAAACGUAGGUACACUUUUUUUAGAAAUUAGAUGCAAUAAUCACCUUCAUCAAUUUUUUUGACUGUACCCUUGUGUUUUUUAUUUUAGACCACAGUUAAAUGCUGUUCUGUAUAAAUAAACCCUUAUCUUUUGCUGUGUACAUAGGCAUUAAAAAACUGGAUCUUUUGUUGG